AUGGCCUCAAAAGCAUUGUCAUCAAUUGUUGUCUUCCUAUGCCUCAACCUAGUGUUUUUCACAAUGGUGAGUUCCAAUUCCGUCCCUUGUCCACCACCACCACCACCACCACAUACUACCCCACAGUCACCUAGCCAUGGUGGCCAAUAUGGAGGGAACCCACCGAUGUCCCCUACACCACUUACCCCAGGACCGCCUAGCCAUGGUGGCCAACAAGGAGGAAAUCCACCAAUGUCCCCUUCACCACUUACUCCAGGGUCACCUAGCCAAGGUGGACAACUAGGAGGGAACCCAACAAUGGCCUCACCACCACCAUCAAAAGGGAAUUGCCCUAUUGAUAUUCUAAAGUUGGGGGCAUGUGCCAAUAAUGUGUUGAGUGGCUUGCUCGGAACUGUUAUUGGAAGCUCACAAAACCGUCAAUGUUGCACUCUUCUUCAAGGUUUAACUGACCUUGAUGCAGCAAUUUGUCUUUGCACCGCCAUUAAAGCUAAUAUAUUGGGGAUCAAUGUUAAUGUCCCUAUCUCUUUGAGUGUCUUGCUCAAUCAAUGUAGCAAAAGUAAUACCUCCGGCUUCCAAUGCAAUUAA